AUGAUGGACGGCCGCCUCCUGGAGCACCCGCAUGCCCAGUUCGGGGGCUCGCUGGGCGGCGUGGUGGGCUUCCCCUACCCGCUGGGCCACCACCACGUGUACGAGCUGGCGGGCCACCAGCUGCAGUCGGCCGCCGCCGCGGUGCCCUUCUCCAUCGACGGGCUGCUCAGCGGCUCGUGCGCCGCCGCCGCCGCCUCGGUGGUCAACCCUACGCCGCUGCUGCCGGCCGCCUGCGGGGUAGGCGGCGACAGCCAGCCCUUCAAGCUGUCAGACUCGGGGGACCCAGACAAGGAGAGCCCGGGCUGCAAGCGGCGGCGCACCCGCACCAACUUCACCGGCUGGCAGCUGGAGGAGCUGGAGAAGGCGUUCAACGAGAGCCACUAUCCCGACGUGUUCAUGCGCGAGGCGCUGGCGCUGCGCCUGGACCUGGUCGAGUCCCGAGUCCAGGUCUGGUUCCAAAACCGCCGGGCUAAGUGGAGGAAGAAGGAAAACACGAAGAAGGGCCCGGGGCGGCCGGCGCACAACUCACACCCGACCACGUGCAGUGGCGAGCCCAUGGACCCGGAGGAGAUCGCGCGCAAGGAACUGGAGAAGAUGGAAAAGAAGAAGCGCAAGCACGAGAAGAAGCUGCUCAAGAGCCAGAGCCGCCACUUGCACUCGCCCGGCGGCCUGUCCCUGCACAGCGCACCCAGCUCCGACAGCGACAGCGGCGGCGGCGGCCUGUCCCCGGAGCCGCCCGAGCCGCCAACCCCCGCCUCUCCGCGUUAUCGGAAAGUUUGCAGCGUCUCCGAGCGGCGCCGGGCAGGCCAGCCCGCCGUGGCACCCCGGCACCUGCCGCUCGGCCGGGAUUAG